AGCCUCCCACCAGACUGUAUGCUGAGCUCAGAGCGCGCGGAGCGGAGAAGAAGCGCCUUGGCACACCGCGAGCGCAGCGCGAGGCAGCCAAACCACUGUCUGUCAUUAUAGCAGAGGAGUAACAGAGGAGAGAGAGGAGAGAGGAAGAGGAGGUUCAAACAGACACUCCGGCCUGCAGAGAAAGGAAGAAGAAGAGGAAGAAGAAGGAGAGGAGAGAGAGUGAGAGAGUGGGAGACUGACAGGCGUUAGAUGAACCGAAGCGUCGACAUGAGCGGUCAGUUUGAGGAAGAUCUCCACGACCGGGUCGAGAGGAAGAGCAGUAAAUCCCCGACGCUGCUCUCCUCUUACUGCAUAGACAGCAUACUGGGCCGCCGGAGUCCGUGUAAGGUCAGACUGAUAGGAGCGCAAAGUUUGACGGGUCUGCCAGGCAGAGGAGAGCUCGACAAGACGGCUGACAGGUCAAUGAAAGACCCCCUGUCUCUGAGCGCAGACAUGCACCUGCCUCCAAAGCUCCGCCGGUUGUACGGCUCCGGUGGUGGGAAGUACCUCCACGACCACGACACGCUGGAGAGAGAGCAGCAGCGGCUCUGCCUCCUGGAGCAGCAGGCCAGCAGCGACGGCCUCAAGAUCAGCCAGGCGCCGCAGGUGAGCAUCAGCCGCAGCAAGUCGUACCGGGAGAACGCGUCGCUGAGCCGGGGAGAGGGCGACCAGAGCCCCGGAGAGGAGGGCUCGGAGGACGGCAGCCUGGUGGUGGAGCUCGGCCCGCUGAAGUUCGAGGAGGACGCGGUGGUGGGAAAGGAGGUGGAGGAGAGCUGCGGAGACCCAAAGGACGAGGAGAGGGAGAGCUUGUUGAACGCCGGGGAUGGGGACGUGAGGGACGGGGAGGACAGCGUGUGUCUGUCGGCGGGCAGUGAUUCGGAGGAAGGGAUGCUGAAACGGAAGCAGAGAAGAUACAGGACUACCUUCACCAGUUACCAGCUGGAGGAGCUGGAGAGGGCUUUCCAGAAGACACACUACCCAGACGUUUUCACCAGAGAAGAGCUCGCCAUGCGUCUGGAUCUCACCGAGGCCCGCGUUCAAGUGUGGUUUCAGAACCGCAGGGCCAAGUGGAGGAAGCGUGAGAAGGCCGGGGUGCAGGCCCACCCGUCAGGCCUGCCGUUCCACGGCCCCCUGGCAUCAGGCCACCCUCUCAGCCACUACCUGGAGGGAGGGCAUUUCCCACCACAUCACCACCCGGCCCUCGAGUCUGCCUGGACGGCCGCCGCAGCAGCAGCCGCCGCCUUUCCGGGCCUGGCCCCGCCACCCCACAACGGCGCCGCUCCGCCAAUGGCCACCCCGCUCGGCCUGGGCACGUUCCUGGGCACGGCUGCCAUGUUUCGCCACCCUGCCUUCAUUGGACCCACUUUUGGCAGGCUCUUCUCCAGUAUGGGUCCCCUGUCCAGUGCUUCCACCGCUGCAGCCCUCCUCCGUCAGCCCGUCCCGCCUGUAGAGAACCCCUCCCACGCGGGCCCCGUCCUCCCCGACCCUUCCUCCUCUUCCUCCUCCCCUUCAUCCGCGGCCGCAGCAGACCGCAGGGCCUCCAGUAUCGCCGCGCUGCGCCUCAAGGCCAAGGAACACUCGGCUCAGCUCACCCAGCUUAACAUCCUGCCCACUGGAGCCACGGGGAAGGAGGUGUGCUGAACACUCGACACCAGCUCUAGGCCUCCACGUCCCGGGCUCACGUCCCAUUCCAUGACACCCCUCCGUCCCCCCCUCCCACCCCCUCCAAAAACCCAUUCAUACCUCUGGAGGCUGAUGUCCCCCUUGUUCAACCAUCCCUGUUACCUCAUGUCUCCCCAACAAAAAUAGCACGACCAAAUUCAAAAAAGAGCACUGGCUAAAAAAAAAGUGUGUGUGUGUGUGUGUGUGUCUUGAAAUUACAACUAUUAAACCAUUGUUUUACACUUACACACCUUAUACACACACCUCUCUGAAUGACUUUUUCAAGUUUUUCACUUAAAGAACAAUUACAAUAUUUUAUGACAUAGCUAAAAAGAUGUCUUUUUAAAGAUUUCUUAAUAUUUCUUUACACUUUGACAAUAAAUUAAACUUGAAAUCAGACUCCAUAUAGUUCACAUAGACUAUGAUACAGUAUGUAUAUAGCUUUUUAAGACGGCGUGCCAUGUGCAUUUACAACAACAAAAUGCUGAGUACACACAGUGCCAGUGGAGGAACGUAACAAAGUACAAAUUUGAGGUACUUGUACCUCAGUAUUUCCAUUUGAUGCUACUUUAUACUUCACUACAUUUCAGAUGGGAAUAUUGUACUUUUUACUCUACACUACAUUUAGGAUUUUACAUGCAAAACAUAUGAACUUAUAAAAUAUUAAGCAUUAGAUUGAACAAGCAAACAGUAUGUAAAAAAAAAAAAAAAAAUUAAUCUGACCAAUUUCAACUGCUACUUUAACAUUAAUUAUAAUAAUUCAGUAAUAUUAUAUAUGGCAGUAUCACUCACAGGGGGCAUUUUUCUGCAGUUCUUUCAAGUCGUUUUGCUGUACUUUUACUUAAGUAACAAGAACAGUAUUGUUGUUUGGCUACUUUUACUUAAGUAUAGGAUCUGUCAUGGCACACACACACACAGAAAGCUGAAGAACCGCAGGGGAACCCAGACUUUUAGAAUAGGAUUCUUGUGCUACUUCAAAUCAGGACAACUCGAGUGCUCGACAUUAACACUGCUUAAUCUGUAUGCAUUGAUGUGGGCUGAGCCGGUGUGCGUCUAUAAUAAAGGCGAGUUGGAGGAGGCCCCCCCCCCCCACCCAGAACCAAAGGAAAACUGUCCAUAGACCUUCCAUAGCCUUCUCUACAAGCCUGACUCCUCUCCACUGCUCGCCUGUCCACAAGUCACACUCAGCAGCACCACUGUACAUUGUAUAAUAUAAGUUUGAAAUCUCUGAAUCAAACCGGAGUUACUUGAGGUCGUUUCCAGCAUCAGAUUUCUGUAAAUUUGCUGCAAUUUGAGAUUUUUCUCCCCCCCCUCCUCUCUCUUUGAUUAUCACAGCAGUGGCAUUCCCCACUGAGUCUGACUCCAGGACACGCGAGCAAAGUUGAGAUCUGAGGUGUGUCUCUAUAACGACCUGACUGUGUGAAAGAAAAACUGUACAUACUGUGUAAAAAGAGGAAAAAAAGUACCACAAAAAAUUUUCAAAACAGGGUCGUGUAUAUUUCAGGAGGCCGUGUUUUGAUAACUUGCACUCGGUGUAGUGUUUAAUGAAUGUCGCCCUGUGUAGAAUUUCACCUGUGUUUAUGAAUUAUUAGGAUUUUUAGAUCAUUAUUAUUUAUGUCAAAAACUUUUUCCCAGAGGAACUGGGGUGAAGGAGAGUUUUUUUUUUUCUUAUUAAGUGAUUGUAAGUUUCCUGGUUUAAUAAUGCUAAUUUGAAUAAAUUACAUUGGUAAAAUGAGUUAUCUUUUAUUAUUUCAAAUUCCUUUAGGACUGACAUAGGACUGCCUAAACCAGGAAAAAAUAAACAAUGUGAAAUAGAAUAUUAUAGAACUAUUAAUAAAAGGUGUUAUGAAGAAAAA